AGGAGAGUACCAUUGGGUUGAAGUUUUGUUCGCCCCCGCGUUCCUCGUAUAAAUAAUAACAAGCGCAAAAAGAGGCUAGCAUGUGUCGAGAAUCCACUCGCUGAGAAAAGAAUGAACGAAAACAACAGCGGCAACAUGUCGGUCGACAGUGUGUUCAGGACCCGCUCGCUCGGCGUGGCCGCAGAAGGUCUCCCUGAUCAGUAUGCCGACGGGAAAGCAGCCAAAGUCUGGCAACUGUACAUCGGGAACACGCAGAGUAGGACGCAGGAGUACAAAAGCUGGGUGGUGUCACUGCUCAGAAAACAAGGGGUCCGGAGGGUGCUGGAUGUCGCCUGCGGAACAGGGGUUGACUCCAUUAUGUUGGUGGAGGAGGGCUUCAAUGUGGUGAGCGUCGAUGCCAGCGACAAAAUGCUCAAGUACGCACUGAAGUCGAGAUGGGAGAGAAGAAAAGAAGCAGCGUUUGACAAAUGGGUGAUCGAAGAAGCCAACUGGCUGACGCUCCCAGAAGACAUCCAGAAACAAGGAGGAGAUGGCUUUGAUGCGGUUAUUUGCCUUGGCAACUCUUUUGCCCACUUACCAGAUUUUAAAGGGGACCAGAGUGACCAAAAGUUAGCUCUUCAAAACAUCGCGAGCAUGGUCAAACCAGGUGGGAUCCUCAUCAUCGACCACCGCAACUAUGACUACAUCCUGGAGACUGGGCGGGCACCACAAGGCAAAAAUGUUUACUACAAGAGCGAUCUAACUCAGGACAUUUCCACUUCUGUACUGUGGGUGAACAAUAAGCCCCACAUGAUUACACUGGACUACACUAUCCAAAUUCCUCAGGCCAGCCCUCAGAACCUCCCUGAGGUCAGUAAAUUCCGACUCUCUUACUACCCUCACCGCCUGGAGAGCUUUAAAGCGCUGCUGCAAGACGCCUUCUACGGCAAAGUGGAGCACGUCGUCUAUGGAGAUUUCAUGGCAUACGUCCCUGGUCAAAGUCAAGAUCCGUGCUACUUCAUCCACGUUUGCAAGAAGACUGCAUAGGCGCACGUACACUGCAAGAAAUGUUAUAGUUUUUCAGUUCAACCAUAUUCAUCCUCCCAAAUUCUUCAUUUAAUCUAAAUUUUAAAUAUCACAAAUUACAGCUUUUUUUUUUUUUUUUUUUUUGUUUUUUUUUUUGAAAUAAUAAUUAACAAGAUUCCUAUGUAGCCAUUGGUGGCCCACAGUGUAAUACAUUAACAUACAUAAAUGUGAUGGGUUGCUUUUCAUCGGUAAUUCUUUUGUGUUUACCACCUGGGUCUUAAAAAGCAAGUUCAUAUAAUGGUUGUUUUUGUCAGGGAGAAAAAGCUCAAGAAAAAUAUCUCAUUUAUAGUUUUUCAGUCUUUUUGGUAGUCAGUCUUCUGCUCGUGAUUUUGUGAAGCGAUCCGACGUCUUCUCAAUCUAAACUACUUGCAGUGUUACACAGGGUAUAACUCUCAUUCCAGAAAGUCCUCACACAGUUUCCAUUUGUUGAAGUGGUUAGAGUUUCAAUUACUUGAAGGCCAAAUGAUCAAACCUAGUGAUUGUUUAACAACGCCAACUCCGACGAGAAAGGUGCAGAUUGUGCCAUCAUUUUAUAGAUCUUGGUUCAUGUGUCCAUGGACUCUUUCUUUGUGACUUUAUUUUAAUGCUAACCCAGAAAAAUAGUUCCACUUGUUUGUGAUGGAUGAGAAGCAGAGAAUGCCCUCCUUAAUUCCAUAUUACUUGCAGGAAUGUGAGCCGAAGCGUGAACACCCAAUCAUCUUAAGACGUGCUGUCAACCAAAGAUUUUACAUAUUGUUAUUUGCUUUCCUCAGUCUUUGAUUUACACUUUGCACAGUGAUCGAAAUGUGUUGAAAAGGACAUAUUUUGCUUAUGUUGGCCCUAACCAUGCAAAAUAAAAUGCAUGGAGGGAGGGAUAGGGAGAGAGAGAGAGAGAGAGAGAGAGAGUACAGCAGCAAAUUGAAAUGGCAUCCAGGCUACUGCCGUUUGUCUAACGACGGGAAAUGGUAAAUCAGUGCCCCAUGUUAAAAUAUAUAUGGUACAAUACAGUGAUUCAUUUUCAAAUGCAGUGGGUUAAGACAUUUCUAGGGAACAUCUCACAACGGUCUUAUGUUGCUGGGUCUUAAAGAUGAUCAGUUGUAAUAUUUUGCUUGAAAAUACAUUAAAUAACAUUUCAUGUUG